ACAUCAACCGGUGAACUGUGAUCUAAACUUUUAUUCAUUUGUUAUUAAAAAGAAAUAGUUGCCAGUUCAUUUGCUGUCAGUCAAACUUCAGAGGAUCGGCACUUCCUUUGUGGGGAUUCAGAUCCGAUCUUUGCUGUUUUUGCAUGCUGGGAUUUCUGGCAGCAGCCUAACUGAGGAGAUGAUCCAGGACUCUGUAGGGAAAAGCCGCAGACAGCGCACACCUGCCCGGGCCGACGGCGCACUGACAGUGAAACAGCGGCGUCGGUCACCGGUAGUCCCGCGGUGACGUCUUCACGUGUCGUGUUUCGUCUGAUCAACAGUCCAAAAUACAUUUAAUUCACUGUCACAUUAAAAAUAAAACCAGCCAAAUCUUCUCAUCGGAGAAGCUGGAACCAGACACUGUUUCUGCUGGAAAAAUGACAGAAACAGUUAAUCGAUUAUCAAACUGGCUGACGAUUAUCUUUCUGUUGAUCAGCUAAUCAGUUAAUCGCCUGAUGGUUCAGACCAAAGCGAGAGAAGGAAAUCCCACCUGAACCAAGACGUACAUGAUAACAAAAAUAAUCUUGUGAUGUCGACUCGGGAUGAGCUUUGAUGGCAUUUCACCGGAUUCAAAUCCAGGAGCGCUGAAAGGAUCGAUCAAUAAGUCGAUAGACGGAAAAUCGAUUAUUCGUUUUAGACAUCUUUCAUUCAACAUUCACCAGUUCCCGUUCUUCCAUCGUCUUACAUUAUAGUAAACUGUUUUAUUUUGUCACCUUGUGCUCUGAGGAAUUCUGAACUUAUUUAUUUUUGUUGACAUUUUGUACAUUAAAUGGUAAUAAUAAUAAUAAUAAUAAUUGUUAGAUGCAGCCCUAAAGUCCAGUGUGGAAACCACGUAUCUCAUCAAAUCCUUGUGAUUCCCUCAUCGAAUCUUAUUACGUUUCCCUAACGUCCAACGUUUGCACGUAACUAAAGUGUAGAAUAGCUGCCGCCCACCUGCCAGCGGGCCUCCUGUCCAGCGUCAAGGUGUGAAUUGCGUUUGGGGCGAUGAGAUGGGCCCUGGUCAGUGGGAGGCGGCUUUAACCUCCAGGUCGCUCUGAUGGAGAUCACAGCACCAGCUGAUUCUCUUCUUCAUGUUGUUAACACGAAGCCGUUCCACUCAAACAGAAUCUUACACCUCGGAUCUCACGUUCAUCGUUUUGUGCCUUUUUUAUUCCUGCUGGUUGUUACGGACCAGCUUGUUCGCGGUGACGCUGCUGAACGCGGCUUCAGAGUUCAGUUUAUUAAAGUCCGCAUGAAACUGCUGCAGAGCUGCUGUCGUGCGCUGUGCUCGGCCACAGUUUUACACCGCAGUGAGGGUCAUCAGGGAAGGGUUGGAUACCCGGAGUCACCGAGAGCUGAAACGAUUCAUCGAUAAUCGACAACUAUUUAAAUAACCGAUAUAUCGCUGGAGUCAUUUUUCCUGCAGAAAUACCAACAUUAGCUUGUUCCUUUUUUCUGUUUUCUCUGUUUUAAUUUAAUCGCAAAUAGGGCUGCAACUAACGAUUAUUUUCUAAAUCAAUCGAUUAGUUGUUUGGUCUAUAAAAUGGUGGAAAAUGUCGGUCAGUGUUUUCCAAAGCCCAACAUGACGUCGUCAAAUGUCAGCGUUCAGUUUCCUGUCACAGAGGAGUCAAGAAACCAGAAAAUAUUCACAUUUAAGAAGCGAAAACUUCUUUAAAAAUUACUCAACCCGAUUAAUCGACUAUCUAAAUAGUGAUUAAUUUAAUAGUUGACAACUAAUCGAUUAAUCAGCUGAUCAUUGCAGCUCUAAUCACAAACUGUAUUAGAGUUACAGCACUUUGUUGAUUAGUCGUUUUUGACGAGGGCUGGGGCGAUUCAUCGAAGUCAUCUACGUCAUCGAUCGUGGAAAUACGUCGGUGUGGGGGGGUGAAGCCUAGACUCUGCAUGGCGACGGACUGGCAGCAGUGGGAGUGAGCAGCCAAUCAGCCAAGGCCACCGGUAGCAACAUGGCGUCCCGUCAGAGGAACUCGGUCCGGAUCCUGUCCAGCCGGGAGCGAGGCUCCCAGACCUUUGGCUCGCAGAGGCUCCUGCAGCUGCUGGUGGAGGAGAAAGUCCGCUGGAUGAAAUGGCAGAGUCAGAAAGUGGAGCUGCCGGACAGCCCUCGGUCAACGUUCCUGCUGGCAUUCAGCCCCGACAGGACCCUUAUGGCUUCCACACAUGUCAACCACAACAUUUACAUAACGGAGGUGAAGACUGGAAAGUGCCUACAUUCCUUAGUGGGCCACCGUAGAACCCCCUGGUGUGUGACCUUUCACCCCACAAUUCCCGGCCUGGUGGCCUCUGGGUGCCUUGAUGGCGAAGUCCGCAUCUGGGAUCUGCAUGGCGGUAGUGAGAGUUGGUUUACAGAGAGCAAUGUUGCCAUUGCAUCCCUGGCCUUCCACCCGACUGCUCAGCUCCUCCUCAUCGCCACCAACAACGAGCUCCACUUCUGGGACUGGAGCCGGCCAGAGCCCUUCGCCGUGGUCAAGACGGGCAGUGACACGGAGAGAGUCCGGUUGGUGAGGUUUGACCCUCUUGGUCACAACCUACUGACAGCGAUAGUGAAUCCGUCCAAUCAGCAGAAUGAGGAGGACUCGGAGGUUCCUAUGGACAGCGUUGAGAUGCCUCACUUCCGUCAGCGCUCUUUCUUGCCUUCCCAACCAGUUCGCCGCACGCCCAUCCUCCACAACUUCCUCCACAUCUUGUCGUCUCGCUCCCCAGGGGCUCAGACGGGCGGUGAGCAGCCACGCCCUCUCGGUGAAAACGGAAGCAAUGUCGGAGAAUCUCCCAGCAUGCCUCUGGCCCAGUACCCCACCUCUGAACGUGGGCCUCUCUUCCCGGGCUGCACCCAGCACCUGGGCAUGGUUUGUCUGUGCAGUCGCUGCUCCACCAAUCGCAACCCUUCCCUGGCUGCCAAUGCGACCCCCUCUGAUCCCAGGGUGUCAUCUGAUAGUCCCCAGCCCCCCCCAGCUUCCACUUUCUCUUCGGCCCGUACAGAGCCCAGACAGCCCCCAGAACGACCCUCUGCCUUUACCUCAGUCUACUACAGUGCCGGCACUUCUCUUAAUCCCACUGCACCGAGCGGCGUCGAGCCGCACUCCACCUCGAGGCCAGGACCUGAUUGGACACGCAGCCUGCUAAAUAUGAGGGAAAGUGGGGUUGGUCCAGUUAUGCUGCCUCCCAGAACCUCCUCUUCCUCCAUCAGCCUCCUUUCAGUGCUCCGUCAGCAGGACGGCUCCUCUCAGUCCCCUGUCUACACCUCUGCAUCUGAAGGACGGGGUUUCCCCCGAGGAGAGGGAGAGCCUGGGGCCAGAGAUGGUUCCGGUACAAGCAGCGGGCAUCAUCCAUUUUGGGAUGGCUCUCGCAGCAACACGGCCUCCUUCCGCAAUGUGCUGCAGUGCAACCUGAGCCGCUACUUCAUGGAGUUUGACCGCAUGCAGGACCUGGAGCCACCGUUAGGGGGCAGCAUGGCGGAUGGAAGUCAGGAGCAGAGCCAAGAGUUGCUGAAUAAUAACAUGGACCCAGAGAGACCUGGGCCUUCCUCAUCUUCCUCCACCUCCUCCCCUACUAUAAUCCACUACCAGCCUCCUCUCCCCCCUCCCCCUGCCUCCCACAGCCUGGAGAACAAUGUUCCUCCCCCGUCCUCCCGAGGCCAUCUGAACCGCUGCCGGGCCUGCCACAACCUGCUGACCUUCAACCAUGACUCUCAGCGCUGGGAGCGCACCAACCAAGCCUCCUCCACCUCUGCGUCCACUCUGGAGCCCUCCUCUUCAUCCCCCUCCUUCCCUUCUUCUUCUUCUUCCCCUUGGCAGCCUGAGGAGAGCAGGAGGACACUAGAAGCCCAACCCCAAGAGAGGAGGGCACCUCCAGAGCCCAGCGAGCAGCCACCUCCCUCUGGAGGUGGAGGAGCAGGAACAGUGGCCUUCCCGAUAGCCCCAUCUCCCAGCCAGUCUGGAGAGCAGACAGUGGGUUUGGUGUACAACCAGGACACAGCGCAGUGGGAGAGGGUGUACCGUCAGGCCGCUGCCGGCAGAUCAGCAGAGCCACCGGAGGCCUUAAGCCAAGAAAUGCCUGUUGAUCCCCCAGAUGAGGACUCCCUGAGGAGGCGACUGUUGGAAUCAUCUCUGUUAUCGUUGUCUCGCUAUGACAUGUCAGGAUCAAGAGACCAUCCCAUUUACCCCGAUCCAGCCAGGCUUUCUCCAGCUGCUUACUACGCCCAGAGGAUGAUCCAGUAUCUGUCGCGGCGGGACAGCAUUCGUCAGCGUUCGCUUCGCUACCAGCAGAACCGCCUGCGGGCCAUGUCGUCUUCAUCAGACAGCCCGGCCAGCAACCCGUCCAACUCCAUGGACAACAGUGAUGUGGACUUUGAGGAGCUGGAUGAUAAUGGAGACAGAGCGAGGCACAGGACGCCACGUAACGCCAGGAUGUCUGCACCCUCGCUGGGUCGCUUUGUCCCACGGCGUUUCCUCCUCCCUGAGUAUCUGCCCUAUGCUGGGAUCUUCCAUGAAAGAGGGCAGCCUGGCCUGGCCACACACUCCUCUGUCAACAGAGUACUCGCUGGUGCAUCGAUCGGGGACGGUCAGUCUGCGGUCGCCAGCAACAUCGCUAACACCACCUACCGUCUGCAGUGGUGGGACUUCACCAAAUUUGACCUGCCUGAGAUCAGCAACGCCUCAGUCAACGUUCUGGUGCCAAACUGUAAGAUCUACAACGAUGCGAGCUGCGACAUCUCUGCAGACGGGCAGCUGCUGGCGGUCUUCAUUCCCAGCAGUCAGCGGGGUUUUCCAGAUGAGGGCAUCCUGGCCAUCUACUCUCUGGCUCCCCACAACCUGGGAGAGAUGCUCUACACCAAGAGAUUCGGUCCAAAUGCUAUCUCUGUUAGCUUGUCUCCGAUGGGCUGCUAUGUGAUGGUCGGCCUGGCCUCUCGCAGGAUCCUGCUGCAUCCCACCACCGACCACAUGGUGGCGCAAGUCUUCCGCCUGCAGCAGCCACACGGAGGAGAGACUUCCAUCAGGAUGGUGUUCAACGUGGUUUACCCCAUGGCUCCAGACCAGAGGCGCCACGUCAGUAUCAACUCUGCUCGCUGGCUGCCGGAUCCAGGGAUGGGUCUGGCUUAUGGAACCAACAAGGGAGACCUGGUCAUCUGCCGGCCUGUGUUCUAUCGAAGCGAUGGCGAGAGCCCCGCAGAGUCGAGCAGCGAACCUUUAUUCUCCGUCAACAACAGUGGAACCAGCCGGACCCGAGGUCCUGACAGACCAGGGCCAAAUCGCUCUGGCUGGAGACUGGACAGAGACAUGGGUUUGAUGAACGCAAUUGGUCUUCAGCCCCGCCACCCCACCCCUUCAGUGACAUCACAAGGAACCCAGACGCCAAUCAUCCAGCUGCAGAACGCCGAGACACAAACGGAGAGGGACCUAUCAGAGCCCAGCGUCUCCCAGCCAGCACUCAAUGCCCCUCCUGAGACUCCAUCCACGAGUGGAGCAGCUCCGGGGCAGAUGGAGGCGUCUCAGACCAGCAGAGCUCAGGAUGGUGGCCAGGGUGAAGCUUCGGCAGAGGCUAACACAUCCGCCGCUAGUACCGGAGAGUCUCCAGAGUUCGGCUCAGGCGAAGACGCUCUGGCACGAAUCCGCCGGCUGAUCGCUGAGGGCGGCAUGACGGCUGUGGUCCAGCGGGAGCAGAGCACCACCAUGGCCUCCAUGGGCGGCUUCGGAAACAACAUCAUCGUCAGUCAUCGCAUCCACCGCGGCUCCCAAACGGGCACCGGGGCCUCCAGGCCUGCAGCUGACCCCACCAUGACGGCUCCCUCCACCUCAGGUCCUCUCCUCAUCACCCAACCCCAGAUCCAAACCUACGCCCCUCCCCAGGCUUCCAACCCGUCGGAACAGCUCGCUCCCAUGUGGGGCCCCCAGGUGCUGUCGGGCCCCCAGCCCUCCGGCCUCUCUCUGGCCGUGGACAUGGACGAUGUGUUUGACGGGGGGCGAACAGACGAUGACUCCCUGCCGGGUCCCUCCUCCUCCCUGCUGUUGUCUUCCCCCUCUUCCUCCUCCUCCUCCUCCUCCUCUCACAGCCCCCUCCCCGGCGGUGGCCGCGAGGGCGGCCCCAACAGUUACCCCGGCGACCCGUACAGCAGGUAGUUCUCCUAUUGGCCAAGAGAAGCAGAGCGUUGGCCGAUGGGUUUAGCAAAGGACGCUCCUCAAAGCCUUAUCUCACAAAGAAAUGGGUGCUGCUUCGACUCUGCACGGGGUCUCCCGCCUGGAAAAGAAGGGACACAAGAACCCCGCCUCACCCCACCUCACCCCUGAACCGUCAGUGGCAUUGGCGUGCACUUCCUCUGCACUUCAAAAAACCGGACUGAAGCUGAACCGCGAUCAUUCCUCGUCAGAAAGGGCUUCUACUUGAACGGAGGCCAGUUAGCGCUGAGCUCCUCUCCGCCCGUUUCUCUUUAAGUAUCAGUAUCAUGAUGGAAGAAGACAAGGUUCCUGUUUAUCAAAGUGCCAUGUCUGGGCGGCGGCGGGGGAGGGGGGGGGGAGGGGGUGUAUCUCUUUCUCACACACACAUUUACUCCAACGUGCUGCAUUCGGUGCCAUGUGAUGUUGAAAUUUGAUGUGAAAUAGUGUGUGAUUGAAGUGUUUAAAAAGUAAAUUCAGCACUACUUUAUUUUGAAGCCUGUUUUUGUACCGUGUGUAAUUAUGUUUGACAACAAGAAAUCGUGUCGGAGGCUGAACUCUGUAUCACAGCCUGCAGUUAAUGGCGGAUGUUUCUGUGUCCCACCACGAGGAAGAUCAAUCAUCGCAGACUGAACGGACAUCUGAGACUGAAUGAGCUGAAUCUCCUGCAUGUCUUUUCAGUAAUGCUGCAGUUCAUAUAAUCAUUCGUUUUGGGGGGGGGGGGUUGUUCUUUUCUUUUGGUUGUUUUGUUUUUGUUUUUGUUUUUUUUUUUUUAAUGGCUGAAGAGGAGAAGAACAAUUUCCUGUUUGGGGGAGGGGUGGAUUCAUCAUGCCCUGCUCCAAACCCCCACCCCUCUAAAAACCCACCCAACCCAGUUGCACUAUAGUGUGUUUGGUGCUAAGAGAGGCCUGGAUGGACGUGUGUGUGUUUGUGUGUGUGUGUUUGGAGCUGGCUUUGUUGUCUCAAGCUGAAAAUACACAACAGAACGUCUCCGAUCACUGAAACCACAUUCAGAGGUGGCGAGAGUCAUGUGACCUCGCGUUUUCUGACCACUGAGCAGAAACUUGCAAAUUUAGCUCCCAUUCAUCUGUGGCUGAAACUAACAGUUGUUUCAUUGCCUGUUAAUCUUCAGACAAUUUUGUCCAUUCAUCGUUGAGUGCGCACACUGUCAGCAAAUUGUGAGAAAUGCACUUCACAAGCGACGAUUUCAAAUGACUUAUUUUGUCCACACAGAAGAGUAAAAAAAAAAAACAGAAAAUAUUUACAGUUGAGAUGGAACCAGCGAGUUUUUGCUUAAGAGUCCUCCACUGAUUCAUCAUCACACUUCUUUAACACUGUCAGACUCGAUCCAGAUCGAUGCAGCGGGAACCAGAGAUAUCGUCUUUUUUUUAUUCCACACAUUCUUCUUCCAGGUCAAAACCUGCCGCCUACAUUACCCACAAUGCAACUCGCCACCCCACCAAUUCAAGUUCUGCAUUCAACACACGAAAACAAACAAACGACUGCUUAAAGGAUCGUAUCAGUUGAGGUUCAGUUUAUUCUUUGGAAACAGUUGAUUGCUUGUCCCGCUGUCUUCGCUGAUAAAGCUGCUUAAAUUAGUGAAGUCGCUCACCGGUUUAUUUAAACUGGUCCUUGUGUGUUGCGUUAAUGUGUGACUCCUGAGUUCUGGAGGUGUUGAUGUUGAGAAACAUUUGUCUGGAGAAUCUGUUGAGCUCGUCCGUCUCGUGCGUUGUGGUAGACGGCGGAGGGGACAGCUGGGUCAUCGGCAAAGUCUUUAAGACGCCUGAACAAGGUCCACUGGCUGCGUGUGGGUCUAACGUCUGUGGUUUGAUCCGGUGUACAGUGAGGAGGAAGAGGCGCUGAAUAAACGGGGACCACAAAAACACUCCAGAGUUCAAAUUAACACAAAUUAAAUGAGAAGUUUGUUCUUGUGAAAGUCGAAUAUUGUUGCUUCAACAGUGGAGCUCUGUGGCUCAGAGGAGGAAGAUCCAUCAGCUGUGAUUCACACACACGAUACCUGUUAGCAGAGACGUUCACUGCUGUUUGAGUCUGAACGUGAGAUUUGAUGAGCAGAAGAAAAACAUAGAAGAUCACCAGACUUAUGUCCUCUGAAAAGGAUCCACAGAGUUUAACCUCCAUUUGAAAAGGUCAAAAAAAUGUAAAACGUACAUGAUUUGGAGCUAAAACGGUUACAGUCGCCCUGAUGUGGUCGUUUUAACCUGAGGGUGUUAGUGUGAGCAAAUGAGCUUUGAGUUUAGGGGAAAAUCUUUUGUGUGUGUUUAGUUCUUUAAUAAGUGUAGAAGUGAAAUCUGCUCACAGGUCAGUGGAGACGAAAACGAGCCGUCUCAUAAUCUGAAUAUAUGUGGAUGUAAGUGGUGGACAGAGGGGGGAGGGGUGUGUGUGUGUGUGUGUGUGUGUGUGUGUGUGUGUGUGUGUGUGUACACUAAGCGUGCUGCUGUACAAGUGUGUGUUUGUGUUGUAGUGUGUAGUAGUGGGGAGGGCAGGAGACACAUGUAGCAUCUCUCUGCUCCGGUCUGUCACCCGUCGGGGGACGUGGUCUCUGUCUGAUGGCUCUCUUCCACUGCAGGAACUGAGACCUGAACCUGUAAGGUCCUGGUUCUGGGUUCUGCCUUGUUUUUCCACUGCGUUUUACAGACCACGACGUUUCAGAUUAACGUCGUUGAAAAGGCGACGACGUCUUCGUUUUUAUGUUCUGUUCGGUCAGCGAGUUGUGGGACAAACGUGGUCAAACAUCAGUGUCGUUAAAGUGACAGUAGAGCCCCGUCCACAGUAGGUGGUCAGGACAUGAGACUGACCCCCGAGCCCUUCAGGACGGGACUCCUGGUCCUGGUCUCUCUCUGCUUCGUACGUCAGGAAACAUGCUGCUGCUCAGUUCUCCCCUGAAUGUCUGUACGGUCACGUGACGUACGAAUACUCCCUCCGUUCGGCUUCGUUCGGCGCUGAGCGGCGGAUGUGCUCGGUCGGCCGAUAGAAACGCUGCUGCACUGUUUGGGAAUGGAGAAGUUACAAUUCUAGCAGUGUUUCCUCACUAUUUUCAGUUCAUUAUCACACUACCAGACUACGAACUGUCUGAAGCGUCGCUCUGAUCGAUAUUUAUUUAUUAUCAGAGCCGUGACAUCGCCUCCUUUUUCGAGACAAUUUAUUUGAACGGAAACGAAAAGUGAGCGACGCUUUAGAAGACGAGGGCGUGACGGUGAAGAAGCCGAGGGGAGGAAAUGAUUCCCGAAGUGAUGGAGCGUUUGGUCUCCCGCUACUCCGACUACACGCAAACAUUUCAGUACUGGAAAUGUCGGAAACAGCAACGCUCGUUUUAAACUUUGAAGGUCAAACAACAUACAGGUCAAAAACAGAAGAAGCAGCAAAACACACGUGUUGAUAUCAUGAAUCUGAAUACGGAAACAAACUUCCUCGCAGUGUUUUAUCUAAACGCGUCCAGCGUUACUAACAAAGCAGCUGUUACCUGAACCUCCAUUCAGUAUUUAGUCUCACCUCCUGAUCCAGGAAGUCGCCCCCCAAACCAAAGCGGAACCAGAGACCGUGAAUAAACCUGAAGUUCCUGUGGUGAAGGCCUGUGAUGCCCCCCCCCCAAACUCCUGCAGAAGAAAACUUGAAUUUUUGAUCAAGUGCUACUUUUCCUUUCCAGCCUGAGACUGUACAGCCGCCGACGCUCUGCUGGGUUUUAAUUUGUUUUUUAUUGUUAUUCCACAUGUGUGUAGCCACACACACACACAUGCACACACACACACACAUGCACACACACAGCUGCAUAGAGGUUCAUGUACUAGUGUUGAAGUUGUGUGUGUGUGUUUCGGGGAUGGGGGGUGGACGUAUGAAAAUGAAGAUGACGAGGAGGGAGAGCCCUGAUUGGAGCUGUGCAGAGACACUGUGUGAUUCGAGACAGAGCUGUUUACUUUUUAUUUUUUAUUUAACCUUUUAUUUUCUGCAGGUUAGUCCAGGUGAGAUCAGGGAUCUUGUUUCCACGGCGACCUGGCGAGGACAGCGGCUGCAUGUAAGAAUCUGUCUGAGAGACGAACACAAACUGAUCUGAAUGCUCCUCCUGGCUUUACUUGAUUCAUGAACAUUUUAAAAACGGUUUGUGUGGGUGAUCUUACGUCUUUGUGUGUGUUUGUUCGGGUUAUCGGGGCGAUUUCUGUCCCCCCCUCCCUGCGAAUGAUGAAGCGAGCACCAUCGUAUCCAACGAUGCAACUGGUCAAAAACAAAGGUACAACUGUCACCGAACCCCUGCUACGUCCGACUGCGGAGUUUGUACAGCUCCAAUGAGAUUCUUUGCUUUGACUUUUAGACGUGAUGUAAUUAAAGAGCUUUGAGAGUUUUUCUGUGAUCGGAUGAAGUUGUUGAAGAUUAUUGAGUAAAGCUUCCUAAACGGCCGAUCAGCUGUUUGUGUUUGGAUAAUGAUGUGUUUUAAAAAGUGAAAGUGGAACAGUUUCUGGUAAAAUAUCCAGAUCUCUAAUCAGAUCUUUUAUCUCCUGUUUAUCUCAGCUUUUAUUAGCGAACGGUGAUGUAAGAACACACUCAGGUAGUCGCUUAGAUUAACAACUAAUAAAUAAUUUAUCGGGCAAAACUUGACUUUUAGUUCUUUGGCUGUUCGUCUUUGAGUUCAUUAACUCUUCAAGUUCAACUUCUGUUAAAGAUCUAAGCUGAAAUACACUUAAUAAGGAAUUCAAAAGGCCAGUGGUAGCCACAUGGUGGCCAGUUGGCCAAAUCCGGCCCUCCAACAAAAAUAUUUGGCCCCCCAUCGACUGCAGGUAACAAUGUAAAUAACAGACUUGUGUAAAUCCCAAUAAACGUCACCUUGUUUCAA